AUGAGCGUCGCACGCCCGGCACAUGGCCUCCUCGGGCGGUGCCUCGCCUCGACGCGCUCCUCCCGCCCGGCAGCGGCCUCGGUCCAGUGCGCCCAAUUCCACAGCUCAGCGGUGCGCUCGAAGCGGCGGUCACGGUUCCGCAACGUCAAGGCCGAGGAGCUGGGCCUGCUGAGCCCCUCGACGCUGGCCAAGUACCGCCAGGAAAAGUUCCCCGAGUACUCCAAGCAGGACCAAGAGGCGCUGCGGAGCAAGUACACGCCCGAGCAGCUCGAGGCCCUGCGCGCCGGCGAAAAGGCCGUCGAUCCGGACGACCUCGUCUUCCAGGGCCGCCUGCGCGACGACCCCUACCGCCCCAACUACGUCGAGGACUACACCGUCCUGGACCCGAGAUACGACCUCAGGCCGCAGCCCGACGUGACGCCCCGCGAACCCGAGUGGCUCAACCACAACGACUGGGUUGAUCGGUAUGGCGCGCGCAUGGCCCAGCUGACGGACAAGAAGACGACGGAUCAGCUCACGCGCGCCAUGGUCCGCGCCCUGCGGAGGGUCAAGGAGAGCAACGGCCAGGAGCUCAUCGACCUGACCGAGGACGAGCUCAAGGACAUUGAGAAGGACCCGGAGCUGCUCAAGCGGUACCUGGUCGACGAGGACGGCGAGGGCGCGCAGCCCGAGCCCGACGCCAACGCCUCGGGCCCGGACCUGCUGACGCGCGCCCAGGCCAUGAAGCUCGACGAGGCCGUCGACGCCGAGUGGAAGAAGGAGCUCGACAAGCUGUCGUCGCUUAGCGACCCCGGCGAGGUGCAGCCCUCCAACCUCGAGCUCGUCGAGGACGGGCCCGCAGGCGCCACUCGCGUCCACUCGGCCGAGGCCGUGGAGCUGGGCAAGGUGCCCGGCGUCGAGGGCCUGUACAAGUCGGCCGUCGACCCGGAGGACGAGGGCCAGGACGACGCGGGUCACUACCAGGAGAUCAAGCGCCUGACGGGCAUGAGCCUCAAGGACAUCCAGUCCAUCUACCGCAAGGUCCUGGUCACGCGCUGGGUCUCCAACCAGACGCGUCUGGGCAAGGUGCGCAGCACCUCGGUCGUCGCCAUCGCCGGCAACGGCAACGGCCGCCUGGGCCUGGGCAUCGCAAAGUCCACCGAGGCCGGCCUCGCCGCCGAGACGGCCCAGCUGCUGGCCAUCCGCAACAUGAAGCCCAUCCGCCGGUACGAGAACCGCACCGUCUACGGCAACGUCAGCGCAAAGGUGUCGGGCACCGUCGUCGAGCUCUUUGCCCGCCCGCCAGGCUUUGGCCUCCGCUGCCCGCACCGCAUCUUCGAAAUGUGCCGCGCCUCGGGCCUGCACGACAUCGCGGCGCGCAUGCCGCGCUCCAAGAACCCCAUGAACUCGGUCAAGGCCGCCUACAACGCGCUCGUCAACCAGCCCGACCCCGAGGAGAUUGCCAUUGGCCGCGGCAAGAAGAUGGUGGACGUGCGCAAGGUGUACUACGGCGGCGCUGUAUACUAA